GCUGGCGCGCUUGCCCGCCCGCAAACAACGGCGGCAGGUCCGGGAAGGGGAUGAGGCAGGGUACUAUGUUCCUGGCUGUCCAGCACGAGUACUGUGGACCAAUGGACAAGAGCGCAGGCAGUGGCCCCAAGAGCGAAGAGAAGCGGGAGAAGAUGAAGCGGACCCUGUUAAAAGAUUGGAAGGCCCGUUUGAGCUACUUCUUACAGAAUUCCUCCACUCCUGGGAAGCCCAAAACCAGCAAGAAAAGCAAACAGCAAACUUUUAUCAAGCCAUCUCCUGAGGAAGCCCAGCUCUGGUCAGAAGCAUUUGAUGAGCUGCUAGCCAGUAAAUAUGGUCUUGCUGCAUUCAGGGCUUUUUUAAAAUCUGAAUUCUGUGAAGAAAAUAUUGAAUUCUGGCUGGCCUGUGAAGACUUCAAAAAAACCAAGUCACCCCAAAAACUGUCCUCAAAAGCAAGGAAAAUAUAUACCGACUUCAUAGAAAAGGAGGCUCCAAAAGAGAUAAACAUAGACUUUCAAACCAAAACUCUAAUUGCCCAAAAUAUACAAGAGGCUACAAGUGGUUGCUUUACAACUGCCCAGAAAAGAGUAUACAGCUUGAUGGAGAACAAUGCUUAUCCCCGCUUCUUGGAGUCAGAAUUCUACCAGGACUUGUGCAGAAAGCCACAGAUCACUACAGAACCCCAUGCUACAUGAGAUGGGAAAAGGAGCUCACAAAAGGAGAACAUUGCGUUUUUCCCCCCGUAAGGAGAAAAGGCUGUGACCUGCCUAAAAACCAAAAGACUGACCUUGAACUCAGCCUGGGUGUUCAGGAACCAUCACUCAUAACUAUUAAUUCAAAGUUGGAUAGUGACUCAGAAAGCCAGUAACAGUCUAGGAGAAGCUUGUAUCAGGAUGGCUUCCAUCACUGCGUAUAGGACACAGGAAGGGAAUCCUGGUCUGAACAUGGUGUCUCUCAUCCUGGAGAAGCAGGAUAUGAGAUUAAAGAUACAAUGUAAUGCUGUUGGUCCAGAAGCAUUUAAAAUCAAUAGAUCUGGGAUUAUGUGGCCUUAGUGAGCUGGCUGUACGUCUUUCCCUAAAUCAGUCCGUGUUACCACACAGUGGUUUUAGUUUUAGUUUUUUAGUACUGUGUAACAUUAAAAUGUUUACUGUAUGAAAGGGUGUUAAAGUUCUUAUGGCUACAGAUCAUCAGUACUGUUGUCUCAUGUAACACUGAAAUGGUCUGUGUUUGAAUUGUUAAGUGGUGUGUGAAAUGGAAUGAGUGCAGUUGUGUAGAAAACUACAGUGUCCGUUAUGAAUGCUAAAAACUGUCUUGAAGGCAGCUAAAUGUUGACGUGGUCUUUGAAUAAUACUUUUUAAUAAAUUUAUUUUGAUAAAUAAUGUCAUUGAA